ACUCUGGAAGUCCGCCCCUUUCUUGUUUGAAAAAUAUACCUGAACCGUCUCUCUCUCUCUCUCUCUCUCUCUCUCAGACACACACAUCUUCGCUUUGCAGAUUUCGACGUGCCUUUGUAGAUCUUUCAUUCUUUCUCCAUCUCGGAUGAAAAGAGGGCGAUUUCUUCAUUAGUAUCUGCAAUGUGCACUGAAUCGAUUGUCUCAUUGACCUCAUCGAUUCAGUAUCUGCAUCGGUUCUCUGGUUUUUGCUGUUCGAAGCUCAAUACGCUGGUAGUCUUGCCCUUCCAAAAGGAAGAUCUGGAUACUGUUUAGGGAAGCAUAUGAUGGUUAGUGGAACCUGUUCUGGAGAAAAUUGUCACCGAGUGGGAAUUGGGGUAUGUGGUUUAAACUUCUGGUCAAGGAACAAUGGCAACUGACAAGACAAAAGGUGCAAGGAGAGUUGAAGCUCCUGUUGGUGCUCCUCCAGAUGGGAGCAGUGAGAGUUUUCAGAAAAUGCGUCCUUUGAAUGGGCGGACUAGUGGCCCUACAAGGCGCUCUACGAAAGGGCAAUGGACAACUGAAGAGGAUGCAUUAUUGUGCAAGGCUGUUCAGAAAUAUAAAGGAAGAAAUUGGAAAAAAAUAGCAGCUGAAUGUUUCAAAGAUCGGACCGAUGUUCAAUGUCUACACAGGUGGCAGAAGGUUUUAAAUCCAGAACUAGUUAAAGGUCCAUGGUCGAAAGAGGAAGAUGAAAUAAUUAUAGAGUUGGUAAAUAAAUAUGGGGCAAAGAAAUGGUCCACCAUUGCACAAGCGUUGCCUGGACGUAUUGGAAAACAAUGUCGUGAAAGGUGGCAUAAUCAUCUUAAUCCUGCUAUAAACAAGGAGGCAUGGACCCAAGAAGAGGAAUUGGCUUUGAUUCAGGCUCAUCAAAUUUAUGGGAACAAAUGGGCCGAGCUAACGAAGUUCUUGCCUGGGAGGACAGACAAUGCAAUAAAAAAUCACUGGAACAGCUCUGUCAAAAAGAAGUUGGAUUCAUACUUGGCAUCGGGUUUACUUGCACAAUUUCAGGGUCUGCCUCCUGUGCGAAACCCAACUCAAUGCAUGCCUUCAUCCUCUAUGGGGGUGCAACAAAGUAAUGGAGAUAAAAAUGGUCCCAUAGAUAGGGCAGAAGCAGGGCAAAUAUCAGAAUGUAGUCAAGGUUCUAUUGCUGUUGGUUGCUCUCAGUCUGAGUGUGACAUGGUUAGCAACACUGUUUCAGUAAAUGCACAAGAGAACCUUAAACCAUUGGAGGAAUCUAGUCAACGAGAAGGGCAAAGCUCUAAUUCAUCGUGUUCUGAACCAUAUUAUGUAUCUCUAGAAGAAGUCCAAGAAAUACAUGACGGUGUCAAUAUUUCUGCCAGUUCCUCUGAAAGGAAUGGUCUUCAGGAGGUUGGAAACUCCGACAAUAAGAAUUGCAAAUUUGGCUCACACGAGUUGAGUGCUUCUUUCAUAGAAGUAAUGCAGGAAUCAUCAGGGUUCUUUGAAACAUCAGGACACUGUAUAAAUGGCAUGGAUGAAAACAACUCCAUGGGGUUCAAUGCUCCAUCUUCAAUGGAAAAUAUGAUUGUAGGCUCUAAUAAACAGGAGAAUAUGUCAAUCGAAGAAGGUGAUUUUGGUGGGGUUUCUUUCUCAGGAGCAGGGAUGGAUGCAUGCUUCUCGAUGGAAAACCCCACGACAUGCCCAAAUAUUAUUGAUCUGGAUGGGUGCACAGAUUCAUUUCUUUGUCAAUCUAACAUUCAAAACUCUGAAACUGCAGGAAAUUUAGUUUCUCAUUCUUAUUAUCCACUGGGAUCUGCUCCUUUGUUGGGAGGCACCUGCUGUGAGACUUUAUUAUCUGGUCCUCCACUACUUUGUUCUGCUCCUGAGCUUGUAUUUGGUAGUGAAUGUAAUGAGGCAAGUGACACCCCAAGUGCAAAUCAAGACUCAGAGCUUGUUACAAAUUCAUGUUCUGGCUUUAUCUAUCCUGAUGGCUCUGGUACCUCUCUGUGUAAUGGUGAUACGAACAAGGUUUGCCAGCCUGUAGAGGCUGAACAUGAAAAGGAAACAUCAGAAUCACUUUUUGACUCGUUAGCCUCAGAUACCAUGGAUAAUCUUCCUUCCAUGCAUGAAGGCAUAUCUGUGCUAACAGAAAAUCAGGAUUCUGAAGGUCUAUUUUAUGAACCUCCUCGUUUCCCAAGUUUGGAGAUUCCUUUUGUCAGCUGUGAUCUCAUCCCAUCUGGCAGUGAUAUGCAGCAAGCAUAUAGUCCCCUUGGGAUUCGCCAACUGAUGAUGUCUUCUAUGAACUGUUCUACUCCAUACAGCUUUUGGGAUUCUCCGUCUCGUGAUGAUAGUCCCGAUGGUGUUUUGAAAAGUGCCGCCAAAAGUUUCCUAUGCACACCAUCCAUUUUGAAGAAACGGCAACGUGAGCUUUUGUCACCUUUGCAUGAACGGAAGAGUGACAAAAAGCUAGAAAGAGACAUAAAUCAGGGGCUAUGCUGUACAUCUACUUUGAGCAGGGAAUUCUCUUGUUUAGAUGUUAUGUUUGAUGAUAGUGGGAGCCGCAGGGCUUCCUUAUCUUCCAUUGAGGGGUCUCUCUUUUCUCCAUCAUAUUGCAAGAAAAAAAAUUCUGGUACCUCUGAUGAAGAUAAAGAAAAUUUGGAGAAUGCUUUUGAAGUGAGAAAAGAUGGACCUGCAUUUCCAGGCAGGGUAUCAGAGGUAGCAUCUGAUAACAGUAAUCCUAAGGAUAAGAUAAAACAGAGAAGCAGUAAUGAAAUGACAAAGGUUAAUGAAGAUAUAGCAGUCCAAACAGCCUCUGGAGUGCUUGUUGAACACAACACCAAUGAUACGGUGUUCUUUUCUCCUGACCGUGAUGGACAUUCAAGAAAGAGAGGCUUAAAUUCUGUAAAAACUCCAAAAAGUCAACCUUUUAGAAGCUGUGAUGGUACAUUUAACCAAAGUGGUCGCUUAGAGUCUUCAUCAAGGAGUAGAUGUAUAUCUGUAAUUCUAUCUCCUACUGUUUGCGAGAAGAGGCAUGAAAAAAAUUUACUUCCUGAUGCAUCCCUUCAAAGUGUUCCUUCAUUAAAUACAAUGGAACUUGCAUCUGAGAAUGCUGGAAAUGGUGCUGAUAUUGAAAGUUUUAUCAUGUUUGGUGAUACCCCUGCUACCAAAAGAGGGUUAGACUCUCCAUCAGCAUGGAAGUCUCCUUGGUUCAUGAACUCUUUUUUGCCUGGACCACGUGUUGAUACAGACAUAACAAUUGAGGACAUAGGAUUUUUGAUGAGCCCUGGGGAUAGAAGCUAUGAUGCCAUAGGGUUGAUGAGACAGUUGAGCGAGCAUACUGCAGCUGCAUUGGCUGAGGCCCAGGAGGUUUUGUCUGGUGAAAAUUCUGAAAUUCCAUCAAAGGAAAGACACUCCAGUAACCAAAAAUUGGCCGAGGAAAAUAAUCAAUUCACAGAUUACGAGUUGGAGAACCUUAUUUCUCUGUCUCCUGCUGUCUUGACGGAGAGGCGGGUCCUCGAUUUCAGUGGAUGCGGGACACCUGGAAAAGGAGCAGAGAACGGGAAACCUAUGGCCUUUCCUUCUGGAGUAAGCUUUUCUAGCCCUUCUUCCUACCUGAUGAAAGGCUGCAGGUAGCAAGCAGAUUUUUGGCAGAAAAUGCCUCUUCUGUUCUAUGUUACUAAAUAUAUAUAUUUUUUGUUCUUUUUUUCUUUUUCAUUGUCACAUUUCUGUAUCUGAUUUAAUAAUAAAUUGAUAAUGAGUGGUGUAGAGGGUUCGGCUA